AUGUCUCCCACCGCACUAAAACAACAAAUCACCCACCUCAUCUCAGAACUCUCCACCUGCUACGAGCUCUGCGCUACCAUCCCAUCAACCCGCAAGCUGGGCAGUACACACACCUCCUUCGACGGGCUCUACACCAGUCUCCCUCUCACCAUCCAAACCAUCAGCGCCAAAUCCGCGACGCUACGAAAAGUCAUCGGCUCACGCAUGGAUCUCGGCGAUGAGACGAGCAGGAAUAUCCUCACGCGCGCCAUCAAAGACGUACAAACGGAUAUCCAGCCCCGACUAUGGAAUAUUGCUCAUCCGCCGCCGCGCGAUCGGAGGAGUGGCGAGCAGCAAGUCCCCGGCUUCAAGGAUAUCCUGAGGCAGGUCACGGCGAUGGAGUUCGAUGUAUGUGAUGCGCUUGAAUCUCUUUCGUUGCGUUUACAAGCUUCGAAACCUACUCCUGCGCCUACUUCUACUUCUGCUCCGUAUAAAGCCAACACUUCUCAACCAGUGAAUGAAACGCAUCCUCAGACACCGAGGACGAGGAAGCCGAGGGAAGGCGAUGAAGUACUUGUUAAUAUCAAAGAACUUACUCAGUUAUUGGAGCACUUGAAAGCGUCUUGGGUCGAGUACUCGAGUGAAGGUCGGAAAUACUAUGUUAAUGCCUUUGAUAAGACGACGACGUGGGAGAGGCCUGAGGGAGGCUUUGUGCAGAGUAUGCCGAGGGAGAGGGAGACGAGGAGGUGGACGGUGAGGGAGGAGCGGCCGAGGCGGGAUGAGAGGGAGAGGGAGACGAGGAGGUCGACGGUGAGGGAGGAGCGGCCGAGGUGGGAUGAGAGGGAGAGAGAGAGGAUUUGGGAGGAUGGGAGGGGUUGGUAG